AUGUCGUCAAAAUCGAGCACUUUGAGACAUGGCACGAUCGAUGGCACUUUGGCGAUGUUGAUGAGUGUCAUUGUGCAAUUUGGAAGCGUGAGUCUGUAUGCUCUGAUGGAUUUGUCGAGCGAGACCAGAACAAGCAAGAACGAGAAGCUGUUGAUGCGCACACAGUCGAGCGCAGCAAUGGAUCCGAUCAGCGGGAGCUCGAACCGUUUCACGAUUCUCUCUGCAGCGAGGUCAAACACUCCAAUCAGGUUGAACGAGUCCAUGAACAGAAUUUUGGAUUUGUGCAACGUGAAGAUGUGGUUGACCGAGUGCGUUGACAGCUGGUAUAUCUGGAUGGGCACCUUAGCGAGGAACGGUUUAUAA